AUGGCCGCCCUGCGAGAGGCGAUCCAGAGGAAGGACUUCCUGCGCGCCCACGAGAUCCAGAGGCGGAUCGAUGCGCUGGAGGUGGCGGCCCCCGUGCGGCGCGGCGCCGAGGACAGCACCUCCGGCCUGCUCGGCGAGAGCUUCCGCCACGCCCUCGGCGGGGGCGCCGCUGGCGCCGCGGCCAUGGCAGUGCAGGUCACGACUUUGAUGUGGCUGAGGACGACGCUGUACUACCAGUACCGCCACGGGUCGUCGACGCGGGCGGCGCUGCGCAGCCUGUACGCCCAGGGCGGCGUGCUGCGAUUCUACCAGGGCUUCCCCCUCGCCUUGAUACAGGGCCCCCUGUGCCGAUUCGGUGACACCGCGGCCAACACUGGUGUGAUGGCCUUCCUUGGCUCGCACGACGCCACCAGGGAUCUGCCGCUGGUGGCGAAGACGUUCGCCUCGGCCUCGGUCGCAUCCUCCUGGAAGAUCAUCUUGAUGCCAAUAGACACUGUCAAGACGAUGAUGCAGGUGGAGGGCGCCCAUGGCAUCAGCACGCUGCGCGCCAAGUGCAGCAAGCAUGGGCUGUCCGUGCUUUACCACGGGACCCUCGGCCUCUUCGGAUCAGCCUUCGUUGGUCAUUACUUCUGGUACGGCACGUACAACGCUGCAGAUCAGGUCGUGCCCACUCCGGCGGAUCUGCUGCCCCGCCUCUGUCGCAACGCGGCGCUGGGCUUCACGGCGAGCGCCACGUCGGACACGGCCACGAACGCCGUCAGGGUGCUGAAGACGUACAGGCAAACGUCCCAAUCCACCGUGUCUUACGCGGAGGCGGCGCAGAGGAUCGUGGCCAAGGAUGGCUUGCUGGGACUGUUCAGUCGGGGACUGGGCACCAGGAUACUCAACAACGGCAUCCAGGCGGCCCUCUUCACCGCGACGUGGAAGUACCUGCAGCAGAAGCUCGAGCAGCCGCAGCGCUGA